AACAUCUAGAGAGGUUUCUUUCAUUCAUACGCAAAAAACGGAAGUGGGAAGUGGAGUGACGACGCUCGAUGGACCAAAACGGUGUCGUAGCUUUUCGCCACCGUCGUUCGCCGUCCUCCGAUCGAUUUCUCGGCGUAUUCUCUCCACCGCAGACUGAUAGUACUAUCGCCGGCGAUGAGCUUAACGAAGAUGAUGUUUUCUGGACCGGAGACUUCACUGAACCUCAGCGCAGAUCUACUUCCCCUGCUUCUUCAAACAGUUUCCGUCGGCAAACCUUCCGUCAGCCGGAGAAAUUCGGUAUUCUCGCUGCAUUGCCUGAGGAUUACCGGAAACUUAACCGUCCGGUUGUUUAUCGGAAACGUUCGAUAACUUCCUCACCUUCGUCGCCGAUUUCGUCUUCGCCGAUGCCGUCUUUGCGAGCUUUUCCGACGAUUCCGAAGCCACCAUUGGACAGAGAAAAUAGCUAUAACCGUAAUAACUAUUCACAAACGAUGCCGGCGAGGAAGUUCCAACACUCGGCUCCAGUGAACGUUCCGAUGAUGCCGAAGAAGGCGACGCCGAGAAACGGCGAGCUUGCUGACGUGGAAAUCGAUGACGAUGAGGGCGGCUACGAUGAGAUGCUUCCGCCUCAUGAGAUCGUAGCGGGAGGAGGAUCCUCUAGAUCACCUAAAACCACGUUUUCGGUGCUCGAAGGCGUCGGAAGAACACUCAAAGGGAGAGACCUUCGUCAAGUUCGAAAUGCUGUUUUUCGCCAAACAGGUUUUCUAGAUUGAAACGAUAAACAAGCAGCUCAGUUAAUUUUUGAUAUAUUUACUUAUAUUGUUACAUAUAUCUGGACUUAGAAGUGAAAAUAUUAUUCUAGUAAAUUUUGGUGUACAUUUUGGGAAAUGGAGAUCAAGAGAAUAUAAAAUGGAAGAUAGUUCUGUUAGAUUUUAUAUGAUUGUGAUUGCAACAACUUCGUUUCUUCUGAA